GCCUUCUUCUACCCCCAUCCCAACGCCCAGGCCACACCAGCGCAGCGAGCUCUCUCCUCGUAGCGGAGUCCCAGCCCCUCACGCCCUCCCGAUCGCGCUCGUCGGCGCCCUUGUCGACUCGAGCCCGCUUCUGGGCCGAUCGACAGCGAGAGCGAGAGCAGCGGCGCGCCGAGGAGAGCUCUUUCGGUGCUGCUGUAUAACGACGACGACAGCAGGCGGCAGAUAACACAUAAAGGCGCGCGAUGUGCGACGCGGCGGCCGUGGCGGCUCCGCGGUACAGGGGCGUGCGGAAGCGGCCGUGGGGCCGGUUCGCGGCGGAGAUCCGGGACCCGGCGAAGCGCGCGCGCGUCUGGCUCGGCACCUUCGACUCCGCCGAGGCCGCGGCGCGCGCCUACGACGUGGCCGCGCGGGCCCUGCGCGGCCCGCUCGCCAGGACCAACUUCCCCGCGCUCACCUCCCGCCCUCCUGCCAACCUGCCCGCGCCCACGCCCACGUGCAGCUCAAGCUCCACCGUCGAGUCCUCCAGCGGGCCCCGGGCCGGGGUGCCCAGGGCGGGCAGGCGCGCUGCUGGGAAGCCGCGUGCCCCGCGGCAGGCGGCCGCGCCCGCCGACGCCGACUGCCGUAGCGACUGCGCCUCGUCGGCCUCCGUCGUGGACGACGGCGACGACGCCUCCACGGUCCGGUCGCGCCCGGCGCUCGACCUCAAUCUCCCCGCGCCGCUCGACGUCGACGAUGGUCAUGACCUCGAGCUUUGCACGGACCUGCGGCUCUGAAUAGGCGACCGGAUCCACGGACGGAUCGGGACGAAGGGAGAGAAGGCGGUUUUUGCUUUGGUCUUCUUUUCUUGAUCAGAUUCUGCCUUGCUUUGACUUGUCGUGCUCGAGGGAGCUUGUACCAGUGCUGCACUGUACUACUCGAUACGAAUGGCAAUAGAAUUGGAUGACGAUUCCUGCAACGCUAUGCA